CGCCGGGCGGCAGCAUGAGCCAGGCCGAGCUGUCCACCUGCUCUGCGCCGCAGACGCAGCGCAUCUUCCAGGAGGCCGUGCGCAAGGGCAACACGCAGGAGCUGCAGUCGCUGCUGCAGAACAUGACCAACUGCGAGUUCAACGUGAACUCGUUCGGGCCCGAGGGCCAGACAGCGCUGCACCAGUCGGUCAUCGACGGCAACCUGGAGCUCGUGAAGCUGCUGGUCAAGUUCGGCGCCGACAUCCGCCUGGCCAACCGCGACGGCUGGAGCGCGCUGCACAUCGCCGCGUUCGGCGGCCACCAAGACAUCGUGCUCUAUCUCAUCACCAAGGCCAAGUACGCGGGCAGCGGCACUUACUGUCCCCCAGCUGGCCUGCUAGACGGGCCAACUCCACCCUGA